AAAGAAAGAAACUUCUAAUAACAAAUCCUCUCAGACAACAACAAUCUUUACAGUUUCAGCUCUAAAAUGGCAUCUCCAAAGUCACCAACCAGACCGACCCAACAACAAAACACAGAACCCACUUUCCACGAUUUCCUUCCAGCCAUGGCCGGGAAGCUAGGAGGAGAAGGUCUGAUCGGAGAGCUCUGCAACGGGUUCGAGCUGUUGAUGGAUAGAGAGAAAGGUGUCAUUACUUUCGAUAGUCUCCGGCGUAACGCUGCUUCUGUGCUGGGUCUAGGAGAUUUGACGGACGAAGACGUAAGGUCUAUGAUCAAAGAAGGAGACUGCGACUGCGACGGGGCGUUGAACCAGAUGGAGUUCUGUGUGUUGAUGUUUAGGCUUAGUCCUGACUUGAUGGAGGCGUCGAGGUGUCUUGUCACGGAAGCUAUCGAGGAGGAAUACGGCCGGCAUUGAUACCGGAGAGAAAGGAAACACUUUACCCUUUGAUUUUAACUGAUUCUUUUGUUACUUUUCACAUUUACUUUUUUUACUCAUGUAACCAUCAUUCAUAAAAUUCAUGGAAUUAUACGUAGAAAUUGGAUAAAGAACUUUGAAAACACACAGUUCGUAUAUUCAUAGCUCAAUGUUUCCAUUGGUGUGCAAAUCUUUUGCAAAUAAAAAAAGAAGACCUAUGAGAGGAGGAUCAAUUCAAUCCAAUCCAAACUCAAAAUUAAAACUACAGUGGUUUGUUUAUAAGCACAAAACAGAAUAAAGGGGGUGAAAUAUAAAUAGAUCAAUUUACGAGGGGCUAACCUUGAACUUCUACAAAGAGAAUAGUAAAAGACUUUGGGACUUUAUUUUGUUGGAGAGCUUCUCGAUGUUUACCGGAAACAAAGAAAAAUCAAAACUUUUCAGAGAUUGAAGGACACACUUUUUUUCAAUGGCGACCAAAGUUUAUAUCGUGUAUGUAAAACAAACGAAAUGAUCUGUGUCACUGUGUAGAUAUAUCUGUUGGAUCAUCAAAUAAUAGAUCGGUCAAUUACGUUUCUCGUUGAAUAGUUUUCCAUUAUUUGUGGAUUUAAAAUUGUAAGCUGCGAUUUAGGAACCCUGUGUCUGUAGAACAUCGAUGAAUACUCUUGUGAUGGGUUUAGGAUUUGAAAUGGAGAUACAUUCAGUGGUCGUUGACUAAAAGUGUGUAACAGGUACUACUCAAUGUACG